GGAUUCGCCCUGCUCCUUGGUGUUCGUGGAAGUUGGUGCUGCGCAAAGAAACGCAUCUGUGGCAUGUUGCCCAGCAACGACAGAUUUGCAAGCGGCAAAAACGACUGCAGACAAUUUCGGAGCCCAGUAUCAUCACAGACAGUCGCCUGAUAGGACACCAUGGCCUGUUCAACCAUGAGGUGAAGUCUAUCGACAUUGAACGGUUGUUAAGUGAGCAGAAGAAGUUGGAGAAAAUAGGACCGCAAGUACAAGAAAAGAACAAUGCUACUUCACACCCAUCUUCAACAUCUUACAUUCCUUCUCCAAUCUCCAUUAAUGAUUUGUUGGGAGCUGAUACAGAUGAGGUUAUGCCACUGGAAAAAAGAGGAGACCCUGCUACGAAGGCCCAUGAUGACUGCCAGGAGACAGAGAAGAAAAUCAGUCAUGGAUCAGAUGUUACACCAGGGCAGAGACCACAGCAACAACUUGAUCUUUCAUCUGGAAGUUUUAAAAGCAUCUCCUCAUCUAAACACAGCUCCCUUGAUGUAGUGAAAAUCAAGAGCAGGAAGACCAACCCUGUCAUGUCUGAAAAGGGCAGAGAGUCACAGCUGACUCCCACUGUUGACAGAGAAAAUGUGAAGACGUUAAACAAGAAGGUAAACGGACACAUGAUUUCUGCUCUGGAGCAAAGAACCCCAAAGAACCAGGAGCCUCCUGUUCACCAAACACAAACUCAUGGUCUCAGCCCAAGCCCACUUCAGCUCUCCAGCUCACACGCUGCUAACAGCUUUGACAUACAGCACAGAAGACAAGAUCCUGACUGUGUAUCUAAGUCUGUCAGUGCAGUGGCAGCAGGUUUGUGUGACUGUCUGCAGUUCCCACUUCUGAGAAGGAGAAACCUGGAGGCAGAGAGCAGGGGAGUGCUGUUGAAAGCUCUACAGGAGAUGCAUGGACCCCGGCUUCAGGAGAACCUCCUCCAGGUGCAGCGAUGCCUCAGCUUUGGUGCUGAUCCUGCAAAGGAAGUCCAGGAUCAGGAGACAACCAUGAUAGAUGAAGAUGGGCCUACAGAUGCAGUCACAAGAACAUUUCAAGCCAACACUGCUAGUCAGUCCUGUUUUGACACGGAGAAAACCACAUCUUUCAAAAUGAAGGGAAGUAGGCAUUUUAACUGGAAGUCCAGUACACAGCUACACCAAAACCUGAAACAGACUGCUGAAUGGUUGACAAGCCCUGUGGAGACUUCUGUCAGUCUUUUGGAUGAUGUCCUCAGACCUUGCUCUCCUCAAUUCUGCAUUGGCUCUGAGCUCUCUGGAGUUACAGCCAUCAAUCAUUUGUUCGCUCCCUCUCGCACCAUAUGCUGGGAAGAAAAGGCCUCAGCAUCUCAGCACUGGGAAGACAGUUUCAACAUGCCAAAGAGCAAAGAGGCGAUUAUGUUUGGUUCCUUUGAAAACAGCUUUAUGAACAACACCAGAGCACUUCCAGAGAGGAGCAGUGGGUCUCGAUACAGUGACAGCAACAUCCAGCCUUUCUUUCCUUACCAAGCACAGCUGUCAGAUAGACAUUCAGCAGAGUCAAUGCACUUUCCCCAGAAGCAAGGCCCAUUUGAAACUGACAGAUACUCUUUUACUCCCUCCUUCUCUGCCCACAUUCACCAUCCUCAGCAGAGCAACCACUUCCAGCCUUUCAGCCAAUUCAGUCAACCUUCAACUUGCCCUCCCCUCAGGUCCCACCACACUGACAUGAUGCAUUACCCCCAUCUCACAUGCUUGAAAGAGACCCAGCACCCCCCCUUUCUUCUUUCCCGAGCCCUGAGCACUGGUCCUUCCCUCCUAUGAGACUGUACUAAUGUGUGGUAAAGCUCUGCAUAAAGACAGAGCAUAGAGCCUGUGAAUAUUUCUUUGGCAAACUAAAAAACAAUGCCCUCUUAAUUCAUACCAUAAAGAUUUUUUGUUCCCAGACAGCGAUGUGUGUUGUGUGCCCAUAUUUUAUUAAAAACACAGUAUUAAAUGUAAUAGCAAUAGCUGUCAUCUCAAGAGUUACCUCUUUUAUUCUUUUGUCCCAUUUAUGCUGAGAUAAAGAAACACAGAAUUAUGUAUUGUUUGCAUCCUUGGAGCAUUUUUUUAAUAUGCAGACUGUAUAUUAACACAUAUCUUCUGUAACACAGGUGCUAUAAUGGGAAAUUCUUUACAGACCAAGAAUUUUAGCCAAGAAUGUGCUAUUGUGAAAGCUAUUGAAUAUUUUGUUGUGUAUGUGGGCUACAUUUAAAUGCAAGAAAAUACAUUUGUACAAUUGUGCAAUAGAGGCAUGCAAUAUCAAGCAUUGCUAAAUAUAAAAUUAAACUGAGCACAAGACAUUAAAUGACAUUUCUGAUUCA